AUGCCCUUCAUGUCGAAAAAUCUUCGUUUGAUUGCAGGAUCUCUUCCCUUCCCAAUCGAGGAGCUGGAAAGCGGACACUUACUAGCUUGCAUCUCUCUGGAUUUUGGCGCUCUGAACAAGGUCGCUCGAGCCAUAAAAGAGGUCGCACCCAACAUCACAUACUCAUACAUGCCCGAAACGCUGGCUCAUCUACUACCGGAAUGGGACUUCAACAGACCUUUGCCGACUCUUUCUCCAUUCAGGCUACGGCCAUCUAUAUAUUCUCUUAUACCAGUGAAUAUAACUAGUACGGGAGAGAUCCCUCUGCCUUUAGAGUCUCCGUUCUACGAUAGCAACAGUGGUCCUGUAGAAGCGGUGUUGGUAGCCAGGCCGCCGGGAGUGAAGAGUUGUAUCUACUCUACAUUUGCGGCGCGGCAACUAGUCAUGCUGAAUGUGUAUGGACAUUCGCGAAGCACGUUUCUGACUACGACGUGUAGUCAGAGCUUUGGCGUCCGCAACAUUGACUCAAUCAGCUUUAAAUACGAAGGUGUCAACGGGCCUUCGGGCCCUGUCAACUACGUGCCGACGAACAGCACCGACCACACUUGGUUCGCCGUCAGCACGGCAGCACACUAUCAGCAAAGAGGCAAGGGUCCGCGGCAGUUCUGGGUGUGCACCAGCCUGGUGGAUAAGGAGGAUGUUACGGGAGAAGGGGGCUUAUUGUUGUGUUUGCAGAAUUUUAAUUUAUGGGUGGCGUUUGAUAACUUGAAGCUUGCCGAGCCCUCUUGCGAUUAGCGAUU